CAACCAUUCACCCCUCUCCUCUCUCCUUCCUCCUCCAGACACUGCCCGCCCACUGCUGCUAACCAAAAUGGCGAACUUCACACCGGUCAAUGGCAGCUUGGGCAACCAGUCUGUGCGCCUGGUCACGUCAACCCAUAACCGCUAUGAGACAGUGGAGAUGGUGUUCAUUGCCACGGUGACAGGCUCACUGAGCCUCGUGACUGUCGUGGGCAACAUCCUGGUGAUGCUCUCCAUCAAGGUCAACAGGCAACUGCAGACGGUCAACAACUACUUCCUCUUCAGCCUGGCAUGUGCUGAUCUCAUCAUAGGCGCUUUCUCCAUGAACCUCUACACCGUGUACAUCAUCAAGGGCUACUGGCCUCUGGGUGCCGUGGUGUGUGACCUGUGGCUGGCCCUGGACUAUGUGGUGAGCAAUGCCUCUGUCAUGAACCUGCUCAUCAUCAGCUUUGACCGGUACUUCUGCGUCACCAAGCCCCUCACCUACCCCGCGCGGCGAACCACCAAGAUGGCAGGCCUCAUGAUCGCCGCUGCCUGGGUCCUGUCCUUCGUGCUCUGGGCACCUGCCAUCUUGUUCUGGCAGUUUGUGGUGGGCAAGCGGACGGUGCCAGACAACCAGUGCUUCAUCCAGUUUUUGUCCAACCCGGCGGUGACCUUCGGCACGGCCAUCGCUGCCUUCUACCUGCCUGUGGUCAUCAUGACGGUGCUCUACAUCCACAUCUCCCUGGCCAGUCGCAGCCGAGUUCACAAGCACCGACCCGAAGGCCCUAAGGAGAAGAAGGCCAAGACCCUCGCCUUCCUCAAGAGCCCCCUGAUGAAGCAGAGUGUCAAGAAACCGCCCCCAGGAGAAGCUUCUCGGGGGGAGCUGCGCAACGGGAAGCUAGAGGAGGCCCCUCCACCAGUCCUCCCCCCGCCGCCACGCCCAGUGGCUGACAAGGACACCUCCAAUGAGUCCAGCUCGGGCAGCGCCACCCAGAACACCAAGGAACGACCACCCACAGAGCUGUCAACCACAGAGGCCACCACGCCCGCCACACCUGCACAUCCCCUGCAGCCACGGACCCUCAAUCCGGCCUCCAAAUGGUCCAAGAUCCAGAUUGUGACGAAGCAGACAGGCAACGAGUGUGUGACAGCCAUCGAGAUUGUGCCUGCCACGCCGGCUGGCAUGCGUCCGGCGGCCAAUGUGGCCCGCAAGUUUGCCAGCAUCGCCCGCAACCAGGUGCGCAAGAAGCGGCAGAUGGCAGCCCGGGAGCGCAAGGUGACUCGGACCAUCUUUGCCAUUCUGCUAGCCUUCAUCCUCACCUGGACGCCCUACAAUGUCAUGGUCCUGGUGAACACCUUCUGCCAGAGCUGCAUCCCUGACACGGUGUGGUCCAUUGGCUACUGGCUCUGCUACGUCAACAGCACCAUCAACCCGGCCUGCUAUGCCCUCUGCAAUGCCACCUUUAAAAAGACUUUCAGACACCUGCUGCUAUGCCAGUAUCGGAACAUCGGCACUGCCAGGUAGGCAGGUAGGGGUGCCACUGGAGGUGCUGGUGUGCGCUGGGGACCACGUGUCAGCUGCUGCCAGGGAGAGAUGCGGAGGCGCUUCUCAGUGUUCACGUUUGCCGAAGAGAACUGACGUUCCCGAGACCCCGUGAGCCUCAGGAAGAGGCUCCGGCUGGAUUCAGAGACCAGGUCUCUGCUCAGGCCGAAGAGGACCAGCCCCAGGAAGUGACCAAACUGGACAGUCUGACCCAUCGCUCUUGUCCUGCCUCAGGGAGCUGGGGAGCACUGGCCUAUGUGGGCACCUGCCCCACUGUGACCAGCCAGCGUGGCUGAAAGAACGGACAUCUGGAGGGGAGCAGAGCCCAGCACCCCUCUGGGAGGAGCAAAGGGGCCAAUGCUUGGGAAAGGAGGCUCAGGGAGGGAAGGGUCCCCCAUCCUGCUGUAAUCGGUGCUUUCUGCCCCCCUGUACCCCGCAUGUAGGCUCAGCCUCCUCUUCCUGUAUCUCUGUCCAGGGGCAGAAGUCUCCCCUUGCUGCAGCUACUCAGCAGGGCUCUGGUUGGGUGGGCGGGUCAGUGGGUGAGCUGGCUGGAGGCCAGGCAGAGGGGGCUCGGAGCACCCCCUACGGCACUACCCUGGCCACGUUCAGGAUGGGCUAGCAGGGAGAUCAGGGGUUCACUCAGAAACUGGGGCCUGGCCACCUACCUCCCCAGGCUGAGCUGAGUGGCCCCUGUCAUUCUGAAGAGUUGCCCUCCCUCCCCAAGGAGAGGGCUUGGCUCGGGUCACACACAGUGAAGGUGGGACUGCGGUGAGUGGUAUUCACGGCUGGCCUCUGCAGCACGAGGGACACCCUGGUGGGUCACCAGGGAGAAAACGGGGGUGGACUUGACCCACACACAGGCUUCAGUGACAGUUGGGGCAGGGCUGGUGAGGCAGGCAAGCGACCCCCAUCUCUCCUCUCCCAACUGAUAGAACCUUCUGGAUUGGCAGUGGGCUGGACCAAAAGACCUUUACCUGGGGGAAACUGAGAUGGGGGGAAUCCGUUCUAGUGAGUCUCCUGGGUUCCCUCCCCCAGCCCUGGCCCCUGGAGAAACAGGACUGAGAGGCUCAGGGGACUUGAUGGGGGGCACCCUUCCAGGGGUCAGUAGGGGGCCCUGGAAGAAAUUUUCAUAACCGUUUUUUCUC